AUGGUGGCUGUGGAUGCGGUGACGCUGUUUCCUACUGCAGGCCGCGCAGCGCGCGCGGAAGAGCGUCUGGCCCAAUGUGAAGCUGAGCAGGCUGCUUUAGAGGACGAGCUGAACAUGGUUUCCGAUCGACUCGAGGAGCAGCUUCAGCAGAACAUGGAGCUGCAAAAGGCGGCUUCAAGGAUGCAAGAGGAGAUUGAUUUUCGAAAGAGGGAUGAGACGAAGGGCCGGGAGACGAUGCUCGAGUGGAAGCGGCGCGUGGACGAGCUGGAGAGUGACUUGGCGACCGCGCGCGAGUGCAGACUUUUGCCGGCCUCCUGCCCGGAUGCUUGCAACAAGGCUUGCCAGACGGAUGGUCAGGAAGAGCUUGGUAUUGACCAGCCGCUGCCAGAAGAAACCUUUGCGGAGACGAGUGCCUCGUGUAUGCCUGCUUGUGGGGAGUGGGAUCCCCAGCAGCUCCUUGCGCCCGGCCUUUUGCAGUACCUUUCGGUAGAUGAAAUUCUGGCAUGGCGCCUGACUUCCCGGCAGACCAGGAGUCCCAGGGUCUUGAUACAGCACCUGACCGAAAUGGGCAGGUUGGACAGGCCGGAAUCAACUACCGACUUCUGUGCAAGAUGGAAGGCUGCUGGUGCUGACGCGCCUACUACCUUCAGAGAACUUGCAAAGGAUGUCAAGCAGCUGAAGGUCUUUGAGUGCCGCUGGUGGUGUAUGAGGUUGGCGAGCGCGAGGCUCACCCAUUUUCCAGAAAGCGACGCCCGCAAUAUCGUCAUCGCAAACCUUCGACAUCUGUUCGUGCACAUCCGAAGUGCGGACAAAUCUGUGAGAUCCCAAGCGCACCAUGUUCUGAUGAACUAUGGGUUGGGCGGCCUCCCUUUUGUUCAGCAACUGAUUGCGGAAGAGUUGCUGGGUUUGAUGGGAGACCUGCUGCCAGAGUCCGCCGAAAUCAGCAAGAAGGCCUCGCUCGAGGCACAACGCUGCUCACGGCAUCUUUAUUGCAUUGUGCGCGCCCUGACGAAGUGCCAGCGCCAGAAGUGGGUGUCCAUGCUGGUCAGGGUCCUGAAGAGUCAGCAAGCUUUCCAUUCGAGCCUGAUUGAUGACCUGCAGCUCCUGUGGCGAGCUGAUGACGAUCCCCGACGAAGCUACGCAGAAGCAGAGAGGCAGCUGAAGGCUUUCUCAGUGCACGCUAGCCAAGCCGUGCAGGACGAGCUUUGCCGACUCCGCUGCUUCUGA